CAUGACGGCCAUGAUGGCGGUGGGGGUCCGCGCCUCCUCCUCCUCCUCCGCUCCCCUGACAAGCUGAGGCUGAGGCCCGGCAUGUCCGCCCUCUCCAGCCCAGCCCGGGCCGCGGGGACCACGACGGAAGGCCGCCGCCCCGAUCUAAUGGGCGAAAACACUCACCUGGUCUUGUUUACCAUCUCCUUACGAAUUAUAAACUGCCUUUUAGUCCAGACGAGCUUUGUCCCGGAUGAAUACUGGCAGUCGCUUGAAGUUGCGCAUCACAUGGUUUUCAAUUAUGGCUAUUUGACCUGGGAAUGGAUUGAAGGACUCAGGGGUUAUUCUUACCCCUUAGUCUUUGCGGGAAUUUAUAAGAUUCUGCAACUGCUGGGUCAGGAUGGCGUUCAGUGGCUGAUUUGGGGGCCUAGGCUCGCCCAGGCGGUUUUGUCCGCCUUGGCGGACGUGAAGCUGUACUCCCUAGUGAAGCGGCUGGAAAACCAGGAAUUGGCCAAAUGGGUGUUCUUUUGCCAGUUGUGCUCUUGGUUUACCUGGUACUGCUGCACCAGGACGCUAACAAACACGAUGGAAACGGUCCUCACCACCUUUGCUCUCUUUCACUACCCUCUGGAAGGUUCGAAGAUGGUGAACAGCUUCAAAUACCCAACUUUGGUGGCCGUCGCCUGCAUCGUUCGCCCGACGGCCAUCGUUCCGUGGCUGCCCCUGCUCUUCAGACACUUCUGGCAAGAACAGAGAAAACUGAACUUGGUUCUGCACCGGUUUGUACCAGUAGGACUUGCCACUCUAGGUUUUUCUCUGAUAAUUGAUCGGAUAUUUUUUGGGGAGUGGAUAUUAGUUCAGUUCAACUUCCUGAAGUUUAACGUGCUGCAGAACCUUAGCACGUUUUAUGGUUCCCACCCGUGGCACUGGUAUCUCACCCAAGGCUUCCCGGUCGUCUUGGGGCCGCACUUGCCUUUCUUCCUCCAUGGCUGCUUCCUAGCCCCCAGGAGGGCCCGGAUUCUGCUCAGACCUGUGGUGUGGACUUUGCUGGUUUACAGCAUGUUGAGUCACAAAGAAUUCCGCUUCAUCUACCCCGUCCUGCCAUUUUGCAUGGUGUUCUGUGGAUAUUCCGUCAAGUCGUUGAAGGUGUGGAGGCGGCCUGCGGCCAGCUUCCUGCUGCUGUCCAACGUGGUCCUGGCCCUGUACACGGGCUUGGUCCAUCAGCGAGGCGCUCUGGACGUCAUGGCUCACGUCCAGGGGCUCUGCUCCGCCCACCCGCCCGGCCCCUCCUCGGCCUCCGUCUUGGUGCUCAUGCCGUGCCACUCCACUCCUCUGUACAGCCACGUCCAUUGUCGCCUGCCAGUGAGGUUCCUGGAGUGUCCCCCAGAUCUGACUGGAAAAGGGAACUACGUGGAUGAAGCGGACCUGUUUUACACCGAUCCCUUGAGCUGGCUGAAGGGAGAAUUCAAGAGUGAUGCACUACUGCCCACUCACUUGAUCUUCUUCAAUGUCUUAGAAGAGGAACUAAAGGGCUUUCUAGCGCCGAGGGGCUACGAGCGAACCACCGUGAUCUUUCAUACUCACGUGCCUGAGGGUCGCACGGGAAGCCAUAUAUACAUCUAUGAAAGAAAGAAAAGGGAAGCGCACCCCAGUUCAGGAUGACCUGGUGAACCCCUAAGCCAAAGAGCGGUUUUAGCAGAAAGACCAGACCAGGCUGCUUCGUUUAAGACAAAAAGUGGGGGGAAAACAAUGAAAUUCAGAGGUAACGACUGCCAAAACGCUCACCCUGUGACCCAUGCAAUUCCUCCUUCUCCCUUCUUCCACUCAAGCUUUUUCAAUAAAGAACUUUUUUUUU